GUAGAACUGAAUUUCGCGAACCCACGAUUGGUCAAUCAAUCAUCGAUUUGGGAAACAUGAUCGUUGUCAUAUUAAGAUGGACCAAGUUCUUAUGAAUUUGUAAGGUGAGACACGAUCUGAUUAAGACUUGCUGAGCGAACACAAAUGGAAUGAACGAAUGCUGUCAAGAGAACAGGUUUUUUGCUAAGUCAUCAGGUGAAUCAGAACAAUAUAAAACGCCGGUCAGAAUUCUUUGGAUUAUAUCAGUCAUCCAAAAGCCAUCAUUCAGAGCAGUUAUGAAAUCGUUCGCCUGUCUCGUUAUUGUAGUUGCAGUAGUUGGUGUUAAGGCACUGACGGAAGAACAACUGAAGAAGGCUGAUUCCUAUGCCACUGAUUGCUUGCAAAAAUUUUCUAGUUUGUCGAGAGAAGCCGUGGACAAGCUGCGUUCUGGAGCGUUCUCCGACGUCAAUCAGGACACAAAAUGCUUUACUAAAUGUUUUCUAGAACGCUCUGGAUUUUUGGAUUCCGAAGGUAAUCUGCUGACUGAUUAUGCCAUCGAGCGGCUUUCACUGGAUCGUGAAAAGAGCAAGGUUGAAACUCUGGUGCAAAAGUGCAGUGUGAAAAAAGAUGAUCCCUGUGAAACCGCUUUCCGUGCCUUCGAGUGUUUCCACAACGGAAAAGCUUCAUUAUACUGAACACGGCUAUCGAUUAUAUUGUGAUUAUUUUCUUCAAAACAUGAUUGUGAGCACAGAUUGAAUAGUAUACUGUUUGUGGAAGUUGGA